AUGGAAUAUUCUGGCUAUGGAGUGAUAUCCGGCGAGAACUCUGUUACUCCGGCGAUCUCAAUUCGAGAAACGGUUCUUUUCCCCGACCAGGCGCUGGUUUUCCUGAAAUAUCCUCCGUCUGCCUCUCUAUUUACCAGAGAUGACAUCAAGUGUAUAUAUUUACCCCUCAACUCAUCUCAAAUGUGUAUAUAUCUACGGUCAGGAAGAACUACUGACCCUUCAAAGUUCAAAUGUGUUUACGGGUGGAAAUUUACGAAGGCAAACUUCGUUUUGUGGGCCGACGUCGUUUCUGCUGCUCAAGAGAUUGUCAGGUGCAGAACCCCUCUGAGUGUCCUGAACAAUCCACAAACAUUUGGUAUCAGCAGCUUUACUGAUUCGAUUAAGGUUUCGGUUAGGGUCGUUGGUAAGCGGACCCUCAGUUGCAUGGCACGGUUGAAACAUCACUUCAGCCCAAAUCCAAGGUCUCGUGAUAAACAACAGAAAAUGUGCGUUUGCACCAUGUUGAGAAAUCAAGCUGGAUUCUUGCCUGAAUGGAUCAUGUACCAUGCUCGAAUAGGAGUCCAACACUGGUUCAUAUAUGAUAACAACAGCGAUGAUGAGAUAGAGUAUGUUUUAGAAUCGCUCUUGGGGUCAAAUUAUAAUGUGACACGACAUGCGUGGCCUUGGAUCAAGACACAAGAGGUAUCGCUACAUGACAUUGUCAAUAAUAAGUCUAGACCUCGUGAGGUGGCUGAGGUGCGUGUCUCGUGCCACAGUUUUGGGCCAUCAGGCCAGAAAAAGCACCCAACAAGAGGAGUAAUGGCCGCUUAUACAUGUCGACUGGCUGCACCGGAGAGGCACAAGAGUAUAGUGAAGCCAGAGGCGCUGCAUUCUUCAUUAAUCAAUACAGUGCAUCAUUUUCAUCUGAAGCCCAAGUUCAGACACGUGAAUAUGAAUACAAGUGUUGUGGUGAGUAAUCACUACAAGUACCAAGUGUGGGAAGUUAAGGAGAAGUUCUAUAGGAGGGUGGCCACUUAUGUGUCAGACUGGCAGCAGGAGAGAAAUGUGGGUUCCAAAGACCAGGCACCCGGUCUGGGAACCAAACCCUUUUAGCCAUUGGAUUGGUCUACUAGAUUUUGUGAAGUUAAUGAUACCGGGUACUUGAGACUUGCACCAACCCGAGAACCGGGUUGUUACCAUGGGAGUGUGGAGCCCAGUGCACAGGAUCCACUUCAGGCAGUAUCUUCUCCCUAUUGGAAGGGCUUCAACGAAAUGCUGGCCACAGAGUAUCCCAACAAAAGCCCAGAAAACCCUGAAAGUGCAUCUCAGAAACAAGCCGAAACCACCGAAGAUGGCCCAAAAAAUGAAAAUUUGUUCAGUCCAAGGUUUCGAUCGGUCGCCGCCAUGGCUGGUUGGGAUGAAGAGGCGCUUCUCGUCGCAAGCCUCAUCGUUGAAGACACCCCCGAUCGCCACUUCAAGCACAAGAAAAGAUCCGAUCUGAAGAGUUUCAGAACCCCACCAACAAAUUCAAGAAGAAAACGCAAGGCUCAGAGGAGAAGUCCCCCCUCGAUCCCGGUAGCUGUUCUUGAUCUUGAUGAAGAUGAUCCGAAACCAAAACAAGAAAGUGAGAACAUGAAUAAAGAGUCAAAAACAGACACUACUGCAGAAAUAGAGAAGGAUAGAGAAGAUGGGGUGAACACCAAGGGCAAUGGUGUUUCGGGCUCAAGUGCUGCAAUACCAUGCAUGGAUAGGCUUCGAGAAGAACUUUCCUGUGCAAUCUGUUUGGAUAUAUGUUAUGAGCCGAGUACCACAUCUUGUGGACACAGUUUUUGCAAAGUAUGUUUGCGUUCCGCGGCUGAUAAAUGCGGGAAGAGGUGCCCCAAGUGCAGACAGCUUAUCAGCAAUGGGAGAUAUUGCACAGUGAACACAGUUCUUUGGAACACUAUUCAGCUGCUAUUUCCCCAAGAAGUAGAAGCAAGGAAGGGGGCUGCUGAUGCUGCUAUUUCUGCCUCAGAUAGGCAACAACCUCAACAGGGAACAGGAGCAAGAACUAGAAGUCAUUCUUCUCGUAACAGAGCUGUUGAAGCCUUAAACAAAUCUGAAGGCAGGGGUGCAGAGAGAAGAAGUCAUCCUACCAGAAGUCGGAUUUCUCGACCUUCUGGAAUGUUGAAUAGAGGAGAUGCUGGCAUUAGGACAGCAUUGCCAAGCCAGGAUGAGGAUGCGGCAUUGGCUUUAAGACUGCAGCGGGAAGAAUUUAUGGAGGCUUUUAGGGUACCCGAACAGCAUAGAAGCUCAUUUGCAGUGGCUAGAGCUAAUUUAAGGGCUAUGGCUUCUAGGGCCAUUAACAUUCGGAUUAGGGGCCGAACGGAUUAG